AUGGAUGGACACAAAAGGCUCAUGCAAGUCAUCCAUGAAAUGCAGUCUGAGAUCAUCAAGCUAGUAGAAGAAAACCAAGCCCUUCGGGGGGAAUUACAGUUUGGUGGGCAGAAGGAAACAAGGCGAGAAGAGGGUGCAAGAGAGAAUGCUCAAAAGGAAGAACCCUGGAGCCUCUCAAACUCAGGUGAAGGGACCACUGGCUCUUUAGGGGCUCUGCGCAGGAGUGUUUCAGCUGGCUCUGCUUUGACUCUACAAGAACAAAAAGAUAACAUUAUGACUGUCAGGCGUUAUUCCAUCUCGUCUGUGCCUUCACUUCUCAGCAAUAAACACCAUAAACUUGAUAAGAGGAAUCCUUUCAAGGCAUCUCUUGAAUUUAAGGGGUUAAACAAACCACCGGUCUUUACCACAGAUGGACCAUUUUCCAACAAAGAAGAUAAAGGUUUUGCAAAACUCCCAUCAAAUCAAAAGAGAUCUUUCCAAGAUCAAGUUUUCAAGUGCAGGGGAAAAGUAAAGGCUGUCAGUUUCUUGUUGUCACCUUAUUCAGGAAAUCAAGGUUCUUUCAAAUGCUUACAAAGUCAGAACCCAAAACAGUUAAGCACCAUUAUUGAAAAGGACGUGUGA